GGGCACCUUCAACCAGUCCUGCGGUGCACCGGCAACAGUUUCAUCAGUAAUAAUAAUUAAUAUUUAUAUACACAUAUAGGCAUCAUGUCCUUUCUAACCGUUAGUAGGCUAGUGCCAAGGCUCCUCAGUUCAAAGAAUGCAGCGUGUGUCCUUGUGGCUGCCAGACACGCCAGUGCAACAACAGUAAAUUUGAAAGAUGUGCUGGUAGAUCUCAUCCCCAAAGAACAGAGCCGGAUCAAGAACUUCAAACAGCAGCAUGGUAAAACAACCAUCGGACAGAUCACUGUGGACAUGGUCUAUGGAGGGAUGAGGGGAAUGAAAGGCCUAGUGUAUGAAACCUCUGUGUUAGACCCUGAUGAGGGCAUCCGUUUCCGUGGAUACAGUAUUCCGGAGUGUCAGCAGCUGUUGCCCAAGGCUCCGGGAGGUCAGGAGCCGCUGCCUGAAGGACUGUUCUGGCUACUGGUCACAGGCCAGGUGCCUACUGAAGAACAGGUGAACUGGCUGUCUAAGGAGUGGGCAAAGCGGGCAGCCCUGCCCUCUCACGUCGUCACCAUGUUGGAUAACUUCCCCACCAACCUGCAUCCCAUGUCCCAGUUUAGCGCCGCCAUCACGGCUCUCAACAGCGAGAGCAGUUUUGCCCGCGCUUACUCAGAAGGAGUGAACAAGGCCAAGUACUGGGAGUUUGUCUAUGAGGACUCAAUGGACUUGAUUGCCAAACUGCCAUGUGUGGCAGCGAAGAUCUACCGUAACCUUUACCGCGAGGGCAGCAGCAUCGGCGCCAUCGACUCCAGCCUGGACUGGUCCCACAACUUCACCAACAUGCUGGGCUACAGCGACCCCCAGUUUACUGAACUAAUGAGACUGUAUCUGACCAUCCACAGUGACCAUGAGGGUGGUAAUGUCAGUGCCCACACUAGUCACCUGGUGGGCAGUGCCCUAUCUGACCCAUACCUGGCCUUCAGUGCAGCCAUGAACGGCCUGGCUGGACCUCUGCAUGGCCUGGCCAAUCAGGAGGUGCUGGUGUGGCUGACAGCUCUGCAGAAGGAGCUGGGCGGAGAGGUCUCUGAUGAGAAGAUGAGGGAUUACAUUUGGAACACACUCAAGUCUGGGCGGGUGGUACCAGGUUAUGGUCAUGCUGUCUUGAGGAAGACAGACCCACGCUACACCUGCCAGCGAGAAUUUGCCCUUAAACACCUGCCCAACGACCCCAUGUUUAAACUGGUGUCUCAGCUCUAUAAGAUUGUGCCCAAUGUGCUCCUGGAGCAGGGCAAGGCCAAGAACCCGUGGCCCAACGUCGAUGCCCACAGUGGGGUACUGCUGCAGUACUACGGUAUGACGGAGAUGAACUACUACACGGUGCUGUUUGGUGUGUCCCGCGCUCUGGGAGUCUUGGCUCAGCUGGUAUGGAGCAGAGCUUUGGGCUUCCCCCUGGAACGCCCCAAGUCCAUGAGCACUGACGGACUCAUGGCCCUGGUGGGGGCCAAGUCAGGCUAGAGUGGGAGCAGGCUGGCAGAAGGGAGGAGGACAGGAAAAGGAGGAAGAGGAGGAUGUGUAAUAGUGAAACACAAGCCCCUGGGCAAAGGGAUUCAAAGAGACAGUACGCUUUUAAAGAUGAUCCAAAAAGGGCCUGUAACCUUAACAUCCACACGUUCAUCCACAUGCAUUCUCAGAUCAGACCUCUGAUAACCAAAAAAUAAAAACAUGAGUUGUUUGUCCACUGUUUCUCUACAUUAAAAAGGGAGAGAA